CUCGGGAACUGUCAGUUGUGAGGAGGAGGAAGAAAAAACAGUUUCUAGAAAAUACAAAACAUCUCGCAGUCGUCGCAGUUCCGAGAAGCAGCUGUUUGCUCAAAAUCCGUACCCGCAAGAGUUACUGCGUUGUGAGACAAUUAGCUUUUAUCGUUCGCUUUACAAUAAGUGUCGCCAUUUUUGUGUGGUGUGUGUGUUGUGUGAAAAGAAACACGAAACCCCACAGCAGCACACAGUGAUGGCAAAGGUGAAAUACGACUGGUACCAAACAGAAACGGCCGUCACGGUGACGAUUCUGCUGAAAAAUGCGGCCGACAAGAACUACUCCGUCCAGCUGGAGCAAAACACGCUCACGCUACGGGCGGACGAUACCGAACCGCUCGUCCUGACGCUCUGGAACCCGAUCAACACGGAGCAGAGCACGCACAAAGCCACCCCGAGCAAGGUGGAGGUGAAGCUGGCGAAGCUGAUCGGCCAGCGGUGGGAAGCGCUGGAACGGAAGGCACCGGAGCAAUCGGCGGCGGCUGGCAGUGCGGCCGCGGCCAAGAAGAAGCACGAUUGGGACAAAAUCACGAAAGAAAUCGAAAAGGACGAUGAGACAAAGGACGACGUGAGCGACCUGUUCAAGAAGAUCUACGCCGACGCUAGCGAGGACACGCGGAAGGCGAUGAUGAAGUCGUACUACGAGUCGGGCGGCACCGUGCUCAGCACCAACUGGGCGGAGGUCGGUGCCAAACAGGUCGAAGUGAAGCCUCCGGAUGGAUGCGAAUACAAAAAGUGGUAG